CUCGCUGUCUGCUGCGAAGGAAAAGGCAACAAGGAGGAAGAGCAAUGGCGCCACAGUAUCGCCGAGCACACACACUGGACACAUUCACCUGUCUUUACAGCACACUCACUACUUAACUCAGAAACUCCUGGGAAGCAGCUUUUGAACUGGAGGUUGCUGAUCAAACUCUGUAAAGGAGAUAUGCUCUUGUAUGGUCUCUUCCCAACUCAUGAGGAUUUCAAACCCGUCAUUUGCAAUGUCUGCAACAAAGCCGUUACAGCCUCAGGACUCAUUACGGUAGUUGGGGAAUAGAACAGUGAGUAGAGAGGAGCGGACGCUACCCAAAUCCCCUCAGAGCCAUGCAUAGCAAAAACCAGAGGAGGCAGUGCUUGCCCAGCAGCUCCAGAACCCCUUUGGUUCCUGUCAAGGGUAAGAUAUCUGUGGGUCAGAGUGAGGUGGAGCCGCUGCCUUUCCGGAUCCCUCGUGAUUAUCCCCACUCCCGCUUCAGCAAGGCACCGCUGGCGGUCUACCCGCCCAAGGGAGCACGAGCCAAGGCCUGUGUUUCCUUACCUGUGGUCAGUCUGGAAAAGAUGCCGUGCUUCAACAGAUCGGAGAGUGCGCACAUUAAAGUCAACUCCACUUCUCCUGUGGCAGGUUCUUCUCUUUCAUUCUCUUUUUCCUCUUCCUCAUCUUCCUCUCCAUCGUCUACUCCUCUCAGUUCCUUCAUGACAUCACCAGCAUCACACAAGAACCAGGAGAAAACCGUAAACGGUCGUGGUCCUGGGACUCCUCGCUCCAUUACGCCUCCAUCGCUGACUGACAGGCGGCCCAGCCCGUCGCGGUCACCCUUGGAGAAACAACCUGCCCCCUCUCCCUCCUCACAGGAGAGGAGACCCGCAGCCUCCACGUCUCCAUCCUUAUUGGACAGGAGGCCGAUAGUCCCGCCCUCUCCCCCAGACAGGAAGCAUCAGAUUGGAGCCAAAGGCGGGAGACACAGGAGAGUGUCAGGGAGAGUCUUUGAUCCUAACAAACACUGUGGAGUUUUGGACCAAGAAACAAAGCGGCCUUGCACUCGUUCUUUAACCUGUAAGACUCACUCGCUGACCUAUCGGCGAGCCGUUCCAGGACGGAGAAAAGAUUUUGACAUUCUUCUUGCUGAGCACAAGGGGUGUGUGAAGGAGAAGGAGGUGGGGCAAAAGAAGGAAGUUCAAGCCGGUAGCCAAUCAGUGCAGGUGACACAGUCACAUGAGACUGCACCCAGCCUAUCCGCAAGCUGUCCAAAUGGCAAGACCACACCCAAUCUGAAAUUGCGGCUGGCCAGUUCUCACAUACACAGAGUGUCUGGUAGCAGUCCUGUGGUUCUCAGCUCGACACCUGUACCUCCUCCGCCUGAAACCGCACCCAGCUGGCAGAGAUGCAGCGGAGAUGCCCAUCUGUCCAGCGACGAGGGAGAGACAGAUCUCUCCGAGGAGUCAGAGAAGCCAUCGUGGCAUUACUCGACACAUCACCCUCGACCCAUGAGUUGUUGUGCGUUCAGCAGUCGUAUGAUGGGGAGGGGUCACUAUUUGUUCGACAGACGGUGGGACCGUGUAAGGCUGGCGCUCCACUGCAUGGUAGAAAAACACGUCAACUCUCUGAUGUGGAGGAAAGUCCCCCUGGCGGUGGAGAGCAUGACUGCUGCUUCCCCCUGCCCCUCUGAGGUGUCUCCGCUUGGCUCACCGUUUCUCCCCAGCCACACGCUCAUGGCUUCUCUUGACGGGAUGUCCAUGCUCCCCUACUCCUCCUCUUUACCGCACAACGGCUCUGGGGUCUUCGGUAUCAGGGACACCGAGCCGGGGCCUAAACAGCAGCUGACGAAACCGGCCAAGCCACUCAAAGCCUCACGGGAAGGACCGGGACCCAAAAAACGGAAACUGCCCCUCAAUUCUGAGUCUGGGGCUUACCGGAAAAACUGUGGGAACAGCUACCAUCUGCCACUGGGUGCACCACACAUCAGUAACGGAACCGCAGCCCUUAGCGUGCGGGCGAAGCCGCGGCCUGGCGGACAAGGCCCGAGGGACCAGGACAGGUACGGAGGUGUGGAGCUGUCUCUCACUCAGGCACUCACCGGGGAUCACGGGGCCGUCUCGUCACAGAGUCCUCUGCCAUACGGCUCAUCUGGUGGGAGGAAACGCAAGAGUUUUGGAUCAAGUGCGGGCAGCGACAAACCCAGUAAAACCACCAAAUCAACAGCACUGGACACAAUAUUCAGGAAAAGCAGCAGCAGUCUGUUGUCGUCGGUCACGGAAACACCCCACGGCGCCCUCUCUAGACAGCCCAAGGUACUUCACUGAUGCUGGGGGACGUCUUUUGCAAAUCAUGUGGUUCUUUUCAGGCUGUAGGACACUGGAAACGCCGAGCACUGUGUCUGUCCUGCACGCUACACUUCAGUUACAUCAUGUGCAUUCUCAUCUCCUACAGGGCUUUCUUUUGUACUGCACCCCAUUAGGAAUAAACUACAGAUUUACAAGAAAAAAAAAAAAAUUCCUCUCAAUGUAGGCCCAUCCUGUAAAUAGAAAUGACAAUAUUUCAUGAACUGCAGUGUCACGCACAUUCAGAUUUUGUCUUGUUCACAACAAACACGUCUCAGACAUUCAGCGAUGCGCGUAUGGAGUUUUAUUUUUCUUCGCAUUUAAACGGGGAAUCGUUAGUUAGCGACAGUAUGGAGGAAAAGUCUUCAGACUCAACUAUAUCUCUCUAAAGUGCACUUAAUUUCAUGCCUGAGGAGGAGAAUCAAGUUUCAACCAAGGGAAUAUUUGCAAGACGUUUUUUUGGCAAGCUGUAUUUUUUUUUAACAUUGGAUGAAUUCAGGUUUUUGAGUGUUUUGUUUUACGAGGAAUAUAAAGGACUCGCACCCCAAUUGUAAAGCAACUUAACCGAUGAUUAAUUUUGUAUAAUAAUUUAUGGUUCUUUAUUAAUUUUCUAACUGGCCUAAAUAGCGCUUCACAUGUUGAGCAGAAGUAUAUUUGUAUGCCAUUUUAAAUGUUUAAAGUAUUAUAGAGACCCUAUUGUUGGAAAUGUGUACAUAUCUUUUAUUAUAAAUGUUUCUUUUUGUUUUAUUUAUUGUUAGUAUCUUUGAGGUCAAAUGAUCUUCCUUAAGUCAUAUGCAUAUUCAUAAAUCUACAGAUGGUUUGUUAUGAAAGGGCCUUGCAUACCUUAUAUUUGUUUAUUUUAUACUCUAAUGUUUACUAACUGAAAUGAUAUACCCUCUGCUUUAAACUGCAGGAUCCCAGUCUACCAGGACUUUUCUAGAGGAAAGGUACAGUUGCAGUGAGGCAUACUGGCAAUCAGCACAGGUCUGUAGCCUGGAGGUUGCCAAUUUUGUUUAAUUAGGGUCAUGCGUGCACCUUCUCAAGGAGUUAACGGAGAAAUGUUUGCUAUUGGUCAGCUGGGUGUAAUGGCAUAACUUGCCUUUGCCAUUCAUUCUUAAUAUACUGUAUGUUCCUGGUUUUUGUGUGCACAAUUCAUGUGCAUUUUAUUCCAAUGCAAAUAACAUUUGUCGUAACUUGACCCGCCUUUGAAACAACCUUUCGGCUUUUUUUUCAGCUGAUGUCACCUAGUGCAAAGACAUCACACUCCGUGAUCUCAAAAACCCAGCGUUUGUUUGCUGUGACCGCUUUUUAGCCACAUAAACAUGUCUGAUUAUUACCGUGUUGCCUUGCUGCCAAUGCAGAACUCUCUGUAGGUCAACUACCAGCUAGAAACCAACCCCGGAUCCCUUCCACGCCACCGGUCAUGGGUGAAGUGCUUCCAUGUGGAGUUGUCACUGUAAUGUUUUGUGUAUGUAGUACAGCACCUCGUGCUUAAGGUCAGAGGUCAAACAGCUGUGACGUUACCCCUACGCCACAUCUUUAUCAUCUGUAAAGAAAAGAAAAUAUGCCUGUUUAAGGACAACUUGGAUGUUUUGUUAAAUAUUUUGCCUUUUCUCAUGGUAUGCCAAUCAUUAGAGACACGAGCUCUGUCCAAUAGAAUUAUUUUUGGAAUAAUAUAUAUUUUUGAGAAAAGAGUGAAGGACUGCAUAGGUAAAGUACUGAAUCAGUAUGGACUCACAACUGUGUUUAAAAUAAUUAAUGUGAAAAUUGAGGAACCCCUUGGUUUCACAUUGAAGUUAAGAGUCUUUGUUUUGGUUUAAUAGUGCCACUAAUCUCUGUGUACUACAGUUCAACAGGAAGUUUGCCAGAAUGAGUCUGUAACAAAGCUUUGAUGUUUUCUACCAGAUGCUUUUAAACACGUCCCACAGAAAUGGUUUAGAAAUGAAUGAAUGUGCUACUUCAAACUGUUUCUGUCAUUCAUUAUGGCACAGCAGUACCAUUUCAUUGUGUUUUAUAUGCUUUUGUUUGUUUGUUGUUUUGCUUUGCUAUAUUUUGCUUUCUUUUAUUUGGGUUUUGUUUUUUGUUUUGAUUUGUUCAGUUUGAUUUUGUUUUAAUUUCCAUUUUAUUUUAAUAGUUUUUUUAUUUGUUCAUUUAUUUAUGUAUUUAUUUUUUACUUGAUUUUGUUUUUAAUUUUUCCUGUUUUAUUUAAUUUGUUUUUUGUUUAUUCAUUUUUGUUCUAUUUAAUAUUUUUUAUUUUAAUUGUUUUUUUAUUUUGUUUUGUUUUAUGUAUUCAUUUCUUAUUUUAUUUGUGUUUGAUUUUAAUUGAUUUAUUUAUUUGUUGUAUUUUAUUUGUUUUCUUUUAUUCAUUUAGUUUUAUGUAUGUUAUUUAUAGUUUUGUUUUGCUUGGAUUUGUUCUGUUUUUAUUAUUAUUAUUAUUAUUAUUUUAAUUUAUUAUUUUUGUUAUAUUUUAUUUGUUCUGUUUUAACUCUGUCCUGUUGUUUUCAUACCUUUUGGUGUUGAUUCAGCAGUGUGUGCAGUUCAGUCGCCGAUGUCACUUACUAUACCAUUAAAAGGAAUUGAAGUGGCAUUCAAAUGAUCUCUUUCAAAUGUAUUGAUUUUAUAGUAAGCUAUAUUUUGAUGAUACACAUUGAACUCGCCUUGGCCCACAUGCAACAUACCAUAUUUUCUUUCCUAAAGCAAUAUGAAUUAAUUCUCCUAAAAUGUUCUUCAUUCAGUCACUGCUUUGUUCAUUACUUCAGAUAAGAACAUGUAUUUUUGCAUAUGUGUGCAUAGUACUACUUUGCCAUUAUUAGCGAAUGUUUAUGGUAAUAUAUUAUUUGUCAUUACACUGCAUAGGCAGCCCUGUUAAUGUGGUUAAUGACUGCAUAUAAUGUGUAUUCCUCUGGAAAAAAAAAGCUCCUGUUUUAUCCAUAUGUUUAUAGAUGUAUUAUAAGGGAUGCCUUGAGUGCUUAAAUGUGACCCAGCCAUAUGAAUUGCAAAGAUUUCUAAGGCCUUAUUUUUAUACCAGGACUAUGCUUAAAAAAUCUAAAUCGCACAUAAGAGGUAUUAAUUAGACAAUGAUCUCAUUCCUAAGACGAUCCAUGUCCUUUAUAAAGUUUGUGACUUGUUGGCCCUGUGUUCUCAACAAUGAUAUAUGGAUGUGUAUUUUCAGGUUUGAUAUUUUGCAUUUCAGCUGUUACAGAAAUACAUUUUUCUUACCUGUU